GCUUGGCUCAGUUCCCGCAAAAUCUUCCUAGGCGCAAGACUCUAAGACUCUAAGACCAUGGCAGCCACGGAAGAGUGUGAUGUGCUUCUCACCCAGCCUGCCCCCGGGUGGAAGCUGGGCAAGGUGGGCCUUUCCGUGUCCAUGACCUUCGCAAGUCUGGUGGCUGUGGGCUAUUACGUUGGGCAUAAAGCUGCGCUUGCUGAAGCUAGCACAGAGUUCACCGGUCUCUCGGAGCUCUCGGUGCGUGAUGUGGCUCGAGCCAAGCAGGUCACACCCGGCCCGCUGUUCCAAGCUCACUCUGGCCAGAGCAACGAGCUGUUGAACAAGCACUUGAAGCGCAUCGCCCGCGGCAAUGUCAAGCCCUGCGAAGAUUUCUCUGCCGAGGAGCUCGUGGAUGUGGCCAUGCUCUUGGAGAAGCUUGGCCACCCGGAGCUGCAGAAACUCCACCAGGACAACGAUGAAGAGGGCUGGCUUGACCCGCGCGGGGACGAAGCGGUGAAAGUGGACUAUGGGCAGCUGCAGUCUUUGCCGGAGGAGCAUAUUCGGGUGGCAAUGAUGGAGAAGCUGUGCUACGAGGCCGCCAUGCACUUUACCCACAGUUUGCCCGACGCGGACAAGGCGAGCUUCGCAUCCAAGCACCCCAUCCCGUUGCUGCCUCUGCGCUCCGGUGACGACACCGAUGAGUUCCUUGUUCGCCGCCUCAGCGCCUCCCAGGGCCACAAAGUCUUCAUUACCAAGUGCGCGCAGUGUCACACGGUGAGUGCAGGCCACCACAUGCAGGGCCCCAAUCUGCACGGCCUCUUUGGCCGGAAGUCGGGAGCAACUGAUGGCUUUAGCUUCAGUGAGGCCAUGAAGCGUGCGGGCGUCACGUGGACGAAGGAGAGCCUCAUGAAAUACCUCGAGAAUCCCAGAAGGUAUGUGCCCGGCACGAAGAUGGUUUUUGCGGGGUUGAAAAGGACGCCGGAAAGGGAAUCUCUUGCAGAGUAUCUUGAGGCAGCAACCUGAGCAUUAGCGAUGUAAAGAGAUGGCGAUGGGCGGAAAGUCAUUCCCUGAAUUGCCCUGACAUCCCUUGACGACUUCAAAGAGGCAAGUGCUAUAUUGGUGGCUGACAAUUCUUUAUCUUCCCCUGUCCGCCGUCUCUGAUGCCUACUUGGUGGUCUCCCCAAAGCUUUGGGGCCAUCAGGUAGCUUGCAAGCCCUUUGAAAGUGCUACUCCCCGCUGGCCAUGACCAAGCCCAGUGUCGACGA